GACUCAUUUCACCAGGUGAAACAAACUAGAUGACAAUCACAAUUGGUGUAUAAGUUAUUACUUAUACCUUUUAUAUUAAUAUCUCUUGUCUUCCAAUAUAUGCAUACUAAUGGAAUUAACAAACCUUGUGUUAUUAAUGCAUACUGUGGGAUAUUAUGAUAAACAAUAACAUAUUGUCAUUAGAUGUAGUCUAUUUAUAGUAACAUUCAGGAAUCCAUGAAAGAUGAUGCCGUCUGCAUAUAUUGUAUUGUGUGUCUUGAUAUCGUCAUCAUUAAUAGAUGCUAAACCAGCGGACUGUGAUACCCUUCAAAAUGUGGUGCCGUCUUGCGACUGUCAAGGUGCUACAGACAAUGAAAAUAAUAUUGUGAUACGUUGUCAAAAUCUUGUAAAUGUACCACAAAUAAAUGGUAACUACAGUGGAUUAAUACAUGAAUUCUCGUUAAAAGAUAACAAUAAUAUCAGGACUCUACCAGAAAAUGCAUUUCAUGGAUUAAGAAUUCAAAUCCUAAACCUGUAUGGAACUCGUUUGAAUAACAUCUCUAAUGGAGCAUUUGAAGGUCUGCAGAAUGAUUUACAAGAACUAAGUAUUAGUGGUGAUGAUGCCAGUGAUGUCCUUCCACCGUUUGUGGCCAUUCAACCACUGAAAAACCUCACAAGACUUCAUAUCCAUCGGUUUAAACCAAAUAACAAUGAUAUAGAAGGAACUCAUUUGUUCUCCUUCCAGAAAUUACAACAACUCACUUUAGAGAGUAUGAAAAUAAAAUCCAUGGGAUCGGAUGUAUUUUAUUUGCCUCAGCUGACAACAUUGCGUUUAGUUGAUAAUUUGUUUACCACUUUUCCAUCAGAUGCAAUUCAUACCCUGACAAACUUACAAUAUCUGACAGUUACUGAUAACACAAUCAGCGCCAUACCUUCGUAUUUCUUUGAGAGAAUUAGAAAUAUCAAGUACUUUGACGUCAGUCGUAAUAAUAUCUCUCUUUUAGAAGAUGAUUGUUUCAUUUAUGUGACAAGCACUCUGCAGACGUUGAUCCUGAAUCAAAACCCACUUUCGACAGCCUCAAAACUUAGCCGUGUAUCAGACAUAAAUUCUUUAUUGGAGUUACGCAUUCAACAUGUCGGGCUGAAAGAAAUCCCAUCAAAUCCCGAGUUUCUGCGAAAUAAAAAUCAGCUGAAAUAUUUAUAUCUGAAUGGAAAUCAAAUACUACGGUUAAACGGGAAUGAAUUUGUAUCUGUAGCCAACAAUCUUGUCCAAUUAGAUCUGUCUGGGAAUCAGAUCUCAAGCAUAGAAUCUAAUACCUUUUUUGGCAUGUCAAAACUGACCAACCUUCAGCUUGAGGACCAGACCGCUGCUGGAAAAUUAAUACUUCCCUCAUUUUCGUCACUGAAAUCGUUACAAAAACUAGACCUUCAGUCAACAAAACUUGACACUAACACGGCAUGGGAGCAGAUUAGACAUCUCACAAAUUUACAAUCCUUAAAUCUGGACAGUACAGGAUUGAACAAUAUUGCCGAUUUGGUGUUUCGUGACAUCACCAACUUAUCAUUAUUGAGCUUAUCACAGAACAAUAUAACAAAUGUGACGCAAGAAAUGUUUGUAGGACUUCGUGACAGUUUGAACAUACUUUAUUUAGAUGGCAAUAAAAUCCAAACUAUACAUUCGUGUACUUUUGACAAUUUCUCAAGAAAGAUAACUCUAUCCUUAAGUAACAAUCCACUUCAUUGUGACUGCCAUUUAAAAUGGUUAAAAGACAAAAUAACCAAUCAAAAUAUCAGUUUUGUAUCACAAUCAGAAAAAUGCAGUAGUCCAUCCAGAAAUGCAAACAAAGAUUUCACAAGUGUUCCUGAAACAGACUUUGUGUGCAUCUUUCACACAACUGAACCAAUAUGUCCAAAUUAUUACUUGUCUACUACAAGUGGUGCUCCACCAGUCACUACAGAACCACCAGUAGGUAAUUCCACAUUACCAGUCGUUGUCAUUUCUCUUUCACUCCUUGAGGCCACUUUAACUAACAUUAAAAUUCAAUAUGGUGUGUCGAAUCUUGAAAAUGUUAACUCAAUUGCAGUUCGCUACACAAACAUUAAAACACAAGAUAUGAGGCGAGAACCUUUAUCUCAAACUGAAACGAUGAAAACCAUUUAUGGUCUUGAUAUGGACACAAGAUACGAAAUCUGUAUUUCAGUGGAAACAACUCAGAACCAUAUUGUUGAAGAAUGCAAGAUUUACAGUACGAAGAAAGAUCCACUAGCAACAACAGUUGACCCCAUGCCGUCCAAACAAGAUGGAAAUGAUACAGGAGUAAUCAUUGGUGCAGUUAUAGGUGGUAUUGUUCUCGUCUGCUUAUUGGUGGCCAUCUUGUAUUUAGUGUUUGUGAAAAGUUCAAAUAAGAAUAAGAAGAUUCCCUCAGAACAUGUAGUCCCAACCAGAGCAUCUGUACCUAGAAUAGGCUAUGAUUCUAAACGCUUCAUGAAAAAGAAGAAAGCCAAUGGGAACAACAACACCCAAUCACCUGAUGAUAUUCAGGUGUCUGUCGUAACAGACGGUCAAGGCAAUCCACCUAAUCUAGGUAGGAUAUCAGCCGGUAGUUACCAAUAUUUGGACAAGAACCAACCAUCAAAAGUGAAUACCAAACCUUCCGGGGAUUAUAUGAAUGGUAAUGAAACUCGUCCGUUACCAACAACACCACAUAAAAACCACAGUUACCAGAACGAAGCCUUCCAAAGAAGUCCUUCUGAGAGCUAUAAUACAUAUUCUGAAAUCGAUGUGUGAUAACUGGAUUAACAUGUCAUCAAAUAUAUUUUUCGUACUUCAGAAUCAGAAUUUAUCUGUUGCAAGAAGUUAAUGCCUCGGACAUACAGGAUGACUGAAGUUUUUAAACUGUCAAUAUCAUUGUGAUAAAAAAUAAUAAGUUUCAACAAAAAAAACAACCCCAGCUCUGUGUGUGCAUACAAAUGACUAGAAACAAUUUUGGUCUUCGUCAAUCACAAGUAUUGAUUGCGGCCAUUUAGAGCACAUAUGUUCACAUCAUAAUAUGUCAUAAAUUUGGCAAUUGGGAAGAACUUCUUGCUCUGUUCGGUUGAUGAUGGUGCUGUUUUUUGGGGGGUGUUUUAAAGACUAUGAUCAUCCUGUGUGGAUAAGUUUAACGUACUAUUUUCUGUAUACUGUGUAUUUGACUACCAAAUAUUAACGUCCAUUCCAUUUAAAAAAUUAUAUAUUAAGGCACAGGUGACUUAAACUAACUUAAAGAUAUAUUAUGUAAGAUUUAGAUAAAGAGCUGGCUGCUCUUGCUAUACUAGUUCAAAAAUAGAUAAUGGAAAAUACAUUGAAAAUUUCAUUCCAAUUACUUUAUUCUGAGCGAAGAUGGUUUGACAAGAUGAGUGCACUGAUUGUAACCACCGUACUGGUUGUUUGAAGCUUAGCCUUGCUUUACCAUUUUUUAGAUUAAAUCAAUAAAUGGCUCAACUAUUCAAAUCUACUAAAUAUUGGAGCCAUCGAAUGGUAUUCAGAGUUGACUAUGGUAUUGUCAUGUUAAUAAAUGUCUAAUUAAUAGUUUAUAUAACAUUUAAGGCCUAAAGAAAGACCGGCAAAUAGGAAAAUUUAGCUCUUGCAUAUUGUAUGUUUAAUUAAAUCAUUACCAAUGUGAACUUCUGAAAAUUGCAAGUGUUAUCAGGUGUUCAAGAAACCACUGACAUCCCACCUGUAAUUAUGCAAUAUAUACAUAAACUGUGAUGGAAUAAUGACAGUGUCUAAAGUGUAUAAAAGAAAGUAAUUAUAUUUAUACAUAAUUAUAAACUGUGAUGGAAUAAUGUAUGUAUAUAAAAAUAUCUGAUUCACUGUAUGGCCAGAAUAAUUUUAUGAACCAAUCCUAUGACACAUUGUGUGGAUAUAUUGUGAUUUGUGUUGUAUACAAGAAUGAACCAAUAUAUGAGUGGACAGAGAUAAGAGUAUAAAUUAAAGGAUAAAACUAAUUAUAACUGUUUUGUGUGAAUGAAUUAAGGAAUGACUGGACUGACAAAAAUGAUUUUGUGUGAAUGAGUUAUGGAGUGAUUGGUCUUAAUGGAUCUGAGUAAAUGAUUCAUUGUGAACAAAAUGUUAGCUAUAUUAAAAUGACUGGAAGAUAAAUAUUGUAAGACAAGAAAUAAAUGUGAUCAAAAUAUUUGACUUAUCGUCUGUCACAUUAAUUUCUAUGUACAUGUCUGUUCUUUAAAACUAUAAAAUAUAGUCAAGGAGUAGUGAGGAGUUACCCCUGUAAGUCUUUAAAAUCAUCAAACAUAACAUUUCUCAAUACAAAACAAUAAUUAAUGAGAUAAGCCAAUAUGUUAAUUGUGUCUUAUUUCUUUGUCUAGCUCAAUCAAGAAGUCAUUCAGUCAGCAUUUAAGAGACAGUGGUUUGCAUUAAUUUUAAUACACAUUAAUGAUAUAGCAAAUUUUUACCUCAAGAAAGAUAAAUUCUUUUGACCUAAUUCAUCAAAAUGUUUUGUGAAAUGUUAGACACUAGAAUUAUAUGUAACAUUUAAGUCAUUUACACUGAAAUGGUAAUACUGCAUUUAAGUCAUUUACACUGAAAUGGUAAUACUGCUUCCAGUAAAUAUGAACUCAUAUCUUUAGCAAUUUUCCAUUUACUCAAUUUGAAGGUAUUAUGAUUGUUAGUAAAUAUUUUAGAAUUACUGAAUUUAGUAGCCCAUCAUAAUCUAUAAUAUUAGUUUCUAUCUUCUUCUGCAAUUGAUACUAAAAUUUAAUUAAAGUAAAGUAAAGAGAGUGUAAUCCGGUCUUGAACUCAUUAGAAGAUCUGACUACAUGUUACAUGAAUGUACUGUUAUAUAAUUAUUUCUUUAAACUUAACAUAUGUUAGUUACCUUAUUGGCACACAUGAUUAUGUUGUCAACAUUCGGCAUGUGUCUUUAUUAAUAUAAUCAAAAUUAGAUUACGAUUGUUUUGGUCAUUUUUCUGACUGUCAUACUAUAUUGUAAUCAGCCAACGACAUGUUCAGUCAGAUUGUGUGCCAUUUACCUCAGCCAAAUAUGUGUAAUCACAUGUAAUCACUACAAAAUCUAAGAUCUGUUCGACUGGUGAAAAUAGCCAUUUAUCUACUGUAUGUAUUAAGUAUGCGAGUUGUAAUUUUUUUCUAUAAAACAUAUUUUUUCAUAUUUUGUAAAGUGCUAUUAAUAGAAAUUAUUGUUGUUUUAUUAAUAUUAUUAUAGAUAUUUAACCCACCUAUUACACAUAUUAUAUAUAUAUAUAUAUUUAUAUAUCAAAGCUAUUGAGUAUAUUUUUAACAUUUAAUUAUAUAUUUAAAUAAAUAGUUGUUGUCAAUCAAUAAACCUUUUAAAACUACACAGAGAUUAAAUAAAAAAUACCACUACAUUAUAAAUUCAAUUUAAUAAAAAAAAAUAAUUCAUCUAUGUAUAUAAAAAUCAUUAGACAAUAUCAUUUUAAUCACAACAUUUCCUUUCUUGAAAAUAUCUAAUGCAUGUAUAUAUUGUAUAGAGCACGUAUUGAAGUUUGUUUAAUAAUCAUAGUAUCAUACUAAAUGGAUUAAUUUCAAAACAUUCCAUGAGAAUAGAUCAGUUAUUUUCAUCAUUCAUACAAAUAUAUUCACAUUAAGUUCAUUAACUUAUUCAUUCAUCUGUAUUCAUGACCCAUAAUGUUAACAAUAGUUUAUGUACUGUAUUUCUUAUCCCAAUUGCCUUGCUAUCUUACUACAGGUUGAUCAUAACAAUCAUCGUGUGUCCAUAAAACCCAUUCUCAGUGAUACUCAUUUAAAAUUAAGUAUCACUGCAGUGAUACUUAGUAAAUAUUUAGUCUCAGUGUUACUCGCUUAAUAUUUAGACAAAUGGUCAGUUACCAACAAAGUGUCACUCAUUAAAAAUUUGGUCUGAGUGUUUGUCGCUAAAUUUUUAGUCUUGGUUACUGUUACAGAUAGUCAGUUGAUCUUCAACUUGUUUGGGCAUUAAAAAAACCAAACAAAUUGUGUCAAAUCUAUUUAAUAUUAUAAGUGAAGACAGUUUGAGACUAACUUCCAUUGUAAAAUGUUAAUUACUAAAACUAUGUCAUAAGUAAUCUCAUUAAUUCUGAAUUUCAUUCACUGUUUUUAUUACUAUUCUGUCACAUCCUUGAACAAAAACAAUGUGAGUAUUACUUUGCACUAAUACAACUGUUAUGAUUGUUACUAUCACUCAAUGUACAGUUUAUUACACUUCAGUACAUGUACAGACGUUACUCACAUGAAUAUGAACAAGACAGAUCAAGAAAUAAGACUUAAACCUGUAGAUCAUGUUACAGUCAAUGAACUCCCAUUACUGUACAAUAUGAUACUUAUUUUUUUAUACAUUCCAAAAUUCAUCAUUCAUAUAGGAAAUGAAUCACAUUUAUCUAACGAGAAGAACAGAGCCAUACAUGAUUAUACCCAAUCAAAUGACCUAUCUUUGUACAUAUCUUUUUACUUACUUUAAUAUAUUUUCAUAUUAAAAUUACUAUGAUUUCAUUUCAUAUUAAUGAUUUCCAUCUGUGCCUUUUACUUUUUGAAAAUCAUUAUAUUUUAUCAUCUUUUUAAAUUUUUAAUGUGAUUUAUAAAAUGUUUUGUAUAUAAUGUUAUGAUAUCAGAAAAUAAAAACGUAAUUAAUUCAAA